AUGGCUGAACAAGUACAACUAAACACAGAAAAUUAUAUGAAAAUAUCUAAACAAAUUGAUAACAUUGAAACACUUGUUACUGUUUCAUUAAUGCACAGUGGUUACUCAUUCUGGAGUUCCCUCUGUCGUUUGUUAAGAACAAUUAAUCAGAAGGAAAAUAAAAUUUACAAUCAUCGAAAAGGUUUGGAAAUUUAUUGUGACCAAACUACAGACGGUGGGGGCUGGGUAGUAUUUCAAAGAAGACUAAAUGGUACAACAGAUUUUUAUCGAAACUGGAAUGAGCAUAAAAACGGCUUUGGUGAUCUGAAUGGCGAGUUCUGGCUCGGCAAUGAACAUUUGAGUCUACUGACAUCAGAUGGCAGACAUGAGCUGAGAAUAGAUAUGGAAGAUUUUGAGGGAAACAGUGCAUAUGCCAAGUAUAGUAAGUUCAAGGUAUAUCAAGAAGAAGACAAUUACAAACUGGAGGUGAGUGGAUACAGUGGAACUGCUGGAGAUUCUCUUGAUUAUCAUAAUGGAAUGAUGUUCUCAACAUAUGAUAGAGAUCAGGAUACAGCCUCAGACAAUUGUGCGAAAAGUUGGCAUGGUGCAUGGUGGUAUAAGAGUUGCCACUAUUCCAAUCUUAAUGGACAGUAUUAUAACCAGCCUGGCAAAAUGGAUUAUACUGGAAUUAACUGGCGGUAUUGGAAGAAUAAUAGCUACAGUUUGAAAAAAGUAGAAAUGAAAUUCCGUUAAGAUGACAAACUGAGAUAUUAUCACAGUUAUAAAGUUUAUAAAAUAAUAUGUUUGUAGUAUUUUGUUAUGUAAACUUUAAAGAAAUAUUUCUUGCGAUAGCUUAUCAAGAAAAAAGACUGCACACAUGCAUAGUGGAAUCACUGUCAGGUUGACUUAUUCCAUAUAUACCUUGUCAAUUGCAAAUGCUACCUGACAUUAUAUAGUGCCUCAUACAUACAUAUAUACAUGUAUGUAUUGAUUCCAAUUCUUCAAACUUUGUGAAUAUCGCGCAGACAUUUACACUAUAUAUAUGUGGUCAUUCAAAAAAUUUCUUUCAGAGUAAUAAUAAGGCAGGCAA